GUUACCGGAGAGCUUUGAUUUCAAACACUGUUGCUUUUUGACCUCAGACAGAAUGGGAUCCUCUAAGCUGGCCCUCCUGCUGGUAUUUGUUUCCUGUGUGGAGCGCUGCCUGUCUGCAUCCUGUCUUGUUGAUAGCUUCUCAGUUAAAGAAGAUUUUGACCCUAAGAGGUAUGCAGGGAAGUGGUAUGCACUGCAGAAGAAAGACCCAGAGGGGCUGUUCCUACAGGACAACAUCUCAGCUGAGUACACUAUUGAUGAUGAUGGCUCCAUGACUGCCUCUUCCAAAGGACGGGUCACACUGUUUGGAUUCUGGGUUGUGUGUGCUGACAUGGCUGCUCAGUACUCUGUUCCUGACCCCACUACCCCCGGCAAGAUGUUCAUGAACUACCAGGGUCUGGCUAGCUACCUCUCCAGUGGAGGUGACAACUACUGGGUGAUCGACACUGAUUAUGACAAUUAUGCCAUCACCUACGCCUGUCGCACCCUGAAAGAGGAUGGAAGCUGUGAGGAUGGUUAUGCCCUUGUCUUCUCCAGGAACCCUCGUGGCCUGCCUCCUGCAAUCCAGCGUGUCGUUCGUCAGAAACAGGAUGAAAUCUGCAUGGCCGGAGAGUUUCAGCCAGUCCUGCAGUCUGGGGCCUGCUAAACAGCAAGAGAGGGAAAAGGAGAGCGGGAGCGUAUGCCAGCUAGCUGCUAUCUAGCUGGUUUGAUGAAAAUAAGAGGGAUAGAGUGCAUGUGUGUGUGUGAGAGAGAAAGUGAAUCUGUGAGAGUGAUAGGUGUGAAAAACGCAAAGAGAUUGACAGAAGAAGAUAAAACAAAGCAGAGGCAUUGAAAAAUCAUCUUCAUGUUUUGUUUUCUUCUAUGUUUAAUUUACUCACUUCCAUCUGUGUCAGUGUGUGCACAUGGCUUGUUGUGGUCACUGGGAGGCGAGAGGCUUGCAUAGGCUGCAUCACCUGUCAAAGAAAAGUGUUACUGUUGCAAUGGAGCAGUGGGUGAAUUUGAAAAUUGAA